AUGAUGAUAUUCAUCGGACUCUUAUUCCUUUUAAUUCAUUCAAUAAAUAGUCAACAAUUAUAUGAAUGUGAUUUUGAUUAUGAACAAAAAUGUCUUUUGGGUCUUCCAUCAAUUUCAUUUAUUUUAUUAAAUGAAACAAGUGAUGAACCACAACAACCAGUAUCAGAUGUUUCUGCAAUAAAAACAUCAAAUGAUAUAGGAGAAUGUUUUUUUCCUUUUCAAUAUAAUUUAUUUGAUAUGUUUUUUUGUGAAAAAACUGAUCCGAAUUUACCAUCAACUUGUCCAACAUUGAAUGCAAAUGGUCCAAGAAUUAAUUGUACUGAAGGUGAAUAUGGAUAUGAAAAAUUUGAAAUAGGACAAAUUGGAUCACGUUCAUAUAAACUUGAUUUAACUUCUGAUUUAUCAUAUGGUGAACAUUGUAUUCGAUUUUAUUAUUAUUUAUCUAAUAAUUAUUCAAAUGGAUCAAUAAAUGUUAUUGUUGAAGAUAGUCAAUCGAAUCAAAAUCAAACAGUAGUUAUUGCUUAUUUGCGUCUGGAAAAUCGAUGGCAUGAAAUAAGAGAAAAUUUUUAUAUCGAAAAUGAAAAUCCAACAAUAUAUUUUUUAUUUACACGAGAAUCUUCAUUAGAUUUCGAUCCAUUUUACCUAGCAAUUGAUGAUAUAACUAUUAUCGAUAUUGAAUGCGAACCUAUUAUUACUACAACAAUAAGUACAAGUCAACAUAGUACAUCAACAACAACAACAAGAGAAACUAGUAUAACAAUAACAACAUCAACGAUUUUAUCAUCAACAACAACUAUUAUUUCAACUAAUAGAUCAACAUCAUCACCAUUAACUAGUUCAUCAACAAUUAAAACAACACCAACUUCUUCAACUCCAAUGACAACAACGAGAUCAACAACUUUAGUUAAUGCAAUUAAUUCAACAAAUUCUUCAACGACAUCAUAUUAUACAACAACUAUUACUCAAACAUUAACUACUUAUACAUCUCAUGGACAAACUUUAUCAUCAAAUCAAAGUAAAUAA